AUGUCUGAUUCCUCAAGAACGAUCAACCACAAGUUGAAUGAAAUAUUGAGUAAAAACAACAUAAAUAAACUGAAACUAGACGAAUCGACUGCUUUGAAUUAUGCUACAGUUCUCAAAUCCAAUAUCUUGGGCAAGGAUAAACAAGAAAAAGUCAACUCAAUAGUUGUUUUGGCAAAGUUGUUGGAUUGCAUUAUCGGUAGUGAUGCUGUGUCAGAUGAUUUUGUUCAUGUAUUAGAUCACCAACUAUUCGGCACUUUGUUUUCAAUUGUCAGUAUCAACAUGUCUUCUGAGACCUACAAAGCUAUUCUAAAGAUUGCAGCGAUUGAUAUCUCGGGUGCAAUUUUCAGGACAAAGGAUGAUUCUAUUGUAAGGUAUUUGCUGUUGUAUGAAACCUUGAUUGAGUACUUGGAUGUGAUUGAUAUAAUGACAACAAAGUUGUUACUCCAAGACAACAAGAUCGUCUUGAAUUCAAUAAAGUUGGUUACUGACCUCGUCAACAAGGCUUUGAGGUAUGAUUAUGCUGGUAUAAUCACUUUAUCUGGUAGGUUGAAACAUGUCAUGUUUUUCAGCACAGUUGACAGUUUGGUUGAGUUGACUGAAGAUAAACUCACUUUAGAGGCCAUCGAAAAGUUGAAGGUCGCUUACUAUGAUCUCAAUGUUUACCUUCAUAACAUUCAUUUUGAUUUGUCAAUUCAGGCGCAUCAAAUCAUGUUGAAUAACUUGUUUAUCUUUUUGGAGAUAUCACUUAACGAGUAUGGCUCUCCGGCAACAACUUCAGAAUAUGUUAAGUCUGGUUUCACUGAAAACCCUCGCCAGUUUAUUGUCGAAAAUUUUUCCAUUCUUCUUGCCAUGGAUUUAAAAAUUUUCCUAAAAGACCCAAACUUUACAUUCAAAAAGAGGUUCCACGAAGAAUUGAUGAUGAGCGAGCAUUCAAGAACAUUUCCUUUGUCUUUGUUUAUAGCAAAGACUUCCAAGAUGUGGAUUGAUAUCUUUGAGCAAAGGCAAAAGUAUCCCAACAUUGUUAACUCGAUACUAAACUGGGAACUCAUGAUAUAUUACACCAUGAACAACUGUCUCAUUCUUUGGCAAGAAACAAAAUCACAAAAUAACCAACUUGAUAUCGAUAAGAUUCUUCAGUUAUUGGAAUCAAGUAUCGACACGUUUGAAGAACAAUUGGGCGGAAACAAGUCAAUUGAGGAAUGUCUUGACAUAACCUCCACCAGGUCGGGAGAUGAUAUGAGACACAACCAGGCGUCAAAGAUAAGCAAACAAUUUACUAAUAAAUGGAACCAUAGAUUCACUGAAUUCAAUCAAGAAUUAACCAAGGAGGUGGCCCAGUUGGUGGCGGAACAAAGAGUAGUGCAAUUAUUGAAAGGAUCGUGGGUCUUCACUGAAACCUUUGGAGAAGCCCUCUUCAGCUCGAGGAAGAAUCCUUCGUCAUCUAAAUACUACUACAUUGUCUUAUCGCCCAAUAGAAAAUGGAUAUACUUUAAAGAGUACAGUGAAAAACCUAGUACCAAUCCAAGUAUCGAAGAGUUGGAACAAACUGGUGGAAUCAAGAUGAGUGAUGUUCAAGAUUUGAAAUCGAUCAAAAUAGGUGAAUCGAUUGGGGAGAAAGAAAAACAAAAGAACUCCAUGUUAAUUUCAAUAAAGGGUACCAUUUCGUAUGAAAAGAUUACAAUUCUAGGUGCAAACAAAACCAAAUUGCUUUCAUUUUACACCGACUCCGAGGUUAACCGAUUUGUUUGGUUAGAUGGGUUGAAGAUGUUGAAAGGAAUAAAGUCGUUGUCGGAGGAGACUCAAAAACAAAUUGCUUCAUUGAUCGAGAUAAGGAGAAACACCCAAUCGUUAUCGUUGGAGGGUAAUGAAGUGGAAAGUGAUGACGAUGAUGAAAAGUUUUACAAUUAUGAUGAGUUGAGUGCUCUUGCAGCCAGUGUAUAG